AUGGGAUGGGAACUGACCAGUGUGACAGAUGUCAAGAGGCUUUUAGGAGGAGAGGAUGGGCUGAGCAAGCAGACUUCUGCUGCCCUGGAGCAGCUGGUGGUGCUCAGGGGCAGGCUACGAUGGAGCCUGAGCUUCAAGCAGAUGGAAUUCAGAGAAAAAUUCAAAAUGGAAGGUCCCUUUCAUUUUGAUGUAGAAAAUCCAUAUGCUCAUCUCAAUAAGGCAAAUCAAGAGCUUGAGAUGCUGGAAAAAGAAGUGUUUCUAAUACAAGCACUAUCUACAGAACUAUUUGAAGUAUCUAUUCCAGGCUACAAGCAAUGUUGGAAAGAAGUGCAGCUGCUCAAGAAAGUGUGGGAUGCUCAUGUUUACAUUAAUAGCAGCAUUGAUGAUUGGACUAAAACCCAGUGGAGAGAGAUUAAUGUGGAACAGAUGGAUGUGCAGCUCAGAAGGUUUGCCAAGGCAGGUUCCACAGCCGUCUAUUUCUGCAAUUUAUCUGUCUCAGUGCCACCCCUUCCUCACUCUUCCCACCCACUUGGAUGCUUUGGCCAGGCUUUUAAUAGCAGAAGACCUUCUCAGGCCUUCUGGGACUCCAGUUUUAUAAAGGGAGAAGAUGAAGUCCAGUGUAGCUUUUCAGAUACAAGUGAUUCUGAAAAUUUCAGGCCCCCUCUGCCUUAUGCUUUUGCAUACACCUCCAAACCUCCAGCGCUCUCACACAUCCCCUAUCAGCUGAAUGGGGUUUCAGCUGGUCCUGAGCCUCAUCUUUGCCAGCUGGCCAGCCAGGAUCUAGUAGUAAUAAUGGUAGACAGUGCUGGAAGCCAUCUGGUUUUAGAGGGUCACGUAAAUCUUUUCAGGUCGCUGAGCUGGAUGCUCCUCAUUACCAUCCUGCUCGGAGAUCUUUCCUCGGGUGAUCAUGUAAAAAUCAUGGCCAAUUGCACCAGAGAUGUUCAUGGCAGAGAUGUGUCAGCAAGCCUUCAAGCCCGGAAGGUCUCCAGUUCCAGAGCUUUUGCUCAGCUGUCACAGGUGUGUCAGAGAUGGGAUGAUGUCCAGAAACCCUGCUUUACCAACAUUUGUGAUGCUUGGUUUCAGUACUUUUAUGAGUACUUGGGAAAAACCCCUUGUCAAGUUAUUACACCUUUGACUGACAGGUGCUGUAUUACCCCAACCCAGGCUCUCCACCUAGCAGUGAGUGGUGCUCCUGCAGGACCUGCUAGCACAGAAACAGAGACCUUGUGAGAUUUAGGCUGUGCCCUUGGUAUGACAGUGAAAAUUUUCAACUCUCCAGAACACAUGGAUUUUUGGUCUGUAGGGAAUAUCUAUAAAGGCUUGGUCCAGACAGGAGCUUGAGGGUGCUUUGAGGAAUUCAAUCAUCUCUUGGUAGAAGUCUAGUCAGUACUGGCAGUACAACUAAAGUCUAUCCAUGAUAAAAUUAGGAAGAAAAAUAAAUUUAACAGAGUUGGAAUAUUUAUUACUAUUGUCCCCGGAUGUGCAGUGACAGAUGAUAUCCCAAUUUUCACAAGCCUGAUCAGUGACCUGUUUCCAGCUCUGGAUGUUCUGAGGACGAGGAACCUACAGUUUGAGCAGAUGGUUAAACAAUCUACCCUGGAGCCAGAAGAGGCUCCUUUGGGCCUGGACCCAAUUGCCACAUUGACAGAUGAUGCUCCGGCUGUGGCGUGGGGUAACGAGGGUGAUAGGCUGUCAGCAGAAAAUGCCACUGUCCUAACAAACUGUGAGUGCUGACCUCUGAUGAUAGAUCCCCAGCAACAGGGAAUUAAAUGGAUAAAGAAUAAAUAUGGAGCUGACCUUAAAGUGGUACAUCUAGGACAGAAAGGAUUUGUGCUCACCAUUGAAAGAGCUUUAGCUUUUGAUGAGACUGUAUUAAUUGAAAACAUGUGUGACUGUAUUGAUCCCAUACUUGAUCAUCUGCUUGGAAGACAUGCAGUUAAAAAGGGAAGAUGUACCAAGACUGAAGACAAAAAAUUUGAAUUCAACAAGAAUUUUCAUCUCAUCCUUCACACUAAUCUGGCUAACCCUCACUUGAAGCCAGAACUGUCUGUUCAGACCACCUUCAUUAAUUUCACUGUCACCAGGGACAGGCUGGAAGACCAGCUGUUGCCUGAGGUUGCUAAUGCUGAAAGGCAAGACUCACAGAAAACAUAAGUCCUCAGCAAGAAGCAGAACAGUUUCACCACUGAGCUCAGGCAGCAGGAGGAUGACAGGCUGCUCAGCCUGUCAGCUGCCCAGGGCAGUCUCCUAGAUGACAGUGAACUUGUAAAGAAAAUCAAAUCAGCAAAGUCAACUGCAGCAGAAAUACAACACAAGGUAGCUGAAGCCAAAGAAAAUGAAGGUCAGGGUAACACGACAAGAGAGCAUUAGAGACUGACAGCCAGAAGGCUCCUUUACCCUGGGAGUAUCAGCCUGGGCAGUGUCAACCCCAUCCACCAGUUUUCACUGAAGGCCUUCAUCGUCUUCCACAAAGCAAUUAAACAGGUUGCAAAAUCAGGGGAUAUUCUGUGUUUUAUCUCUAGCUUGAAAGAAGCUGUCACAUAUUCAACCUAUCUUUUCACAAGCCGGAUUUUUGAAAAUUAUAAGCCCAUUUUCCUGGUUCAAAUGGCUUUUCAGGUUCUUCUAAGCAGUAAAGAGAUAGAACUCCUUGAACUGGAUUUCCUUUUACAGUUCAGAGUUGAACAUGAGAGUCCAGUUGACUUUUUAACUACUCAGCCAUAGAGUAUCAUUAGAGCUAUGGCAGUGAUGGAUGUGUUCAGAGGAAUAGAUAAAGAUAUUUAA